AUGUCCAAAUUCGGUGUCCUAGUAAUGGGCCCUGCCGGUGCCGGCAAAACCACCUUCAGCAACUCCCUCAUCCAGCACCUGCAAAGCACCCGCCGCAGCUGCUUCUACGUCAACCUCGACCCAGCCGCCGAGAACUUUACCUACCAGCCCGACCUCGACAUCCGCGAGCUGAUCACCCUCGAAGAUGUGAUGGAAGAACUGGGUCUCGGCCCUAACGGUGGUCUCAUCUACUGCUUCGAGUUCCUCCUCCAGAAUCUCGAGUUCCUAACUGAAGCCCUCGAUCCGCUCAGCGAGGAAUACCUAAUCAUCUUCGACAUGCCCGGCCAGAUCGAGCUGUACACACAUAUUCCUCUCCUCCCGUCAUUAACUCAAUUCCUUUCCCGACAAGGACCAUUGAAUAUCAACCUCUGCGCCGCAUACCUCCUCGAAAGUACCUUUGUCGUCGAUAAAGCCAAGUUUUUCGCCGGGACCCUCAGCGCCAUGUCCGCCAUGCUGAUGCUGGAGAUUCCCCAUGUGAACAUCCUCAGCAAGAUGGAUCAAGUGAAUGACAUGGUGUCUCGUCGGGAAUUGCGGCGCUUCGCCAAUGUGGAUGUACAGCUUCUACAAAAGGAUGAAGAGGACGUGGCCGCCAGCGCGAACCCUAUGGAGAAGGAGGCCUUAAUGAGCGGUGGCUCAUUCAACCAGCUUAACCGGGCAGUGGCACAAUUGAUUGACGACUUCAGCAUGGUCUCAUUCUUGCAGCUGGAUGUUUCGGAUGAGGACAGUGUUGCGGGUGUUCUGAGCCAUAUUGAUGAUGCCAUUCAAUACCACGAGGCUCAAGAGCCUAGGGAACCCAAGGACGAGCAUGAGGUGAACUACGAGGAAUCAUAA